CAGUCCCUGAAGGCCGGCUGCGGAGUUUAGGCGCUCUUCGUUGCUGGGAAAGAACAUUAAAUCUGUUAUAAAGCCUGGAAGAUUCUGUGAAGAAUUAUGGAAGAUAAAAGACAAAGAGCUAGAGUACAGGGUGGCUGGGCUGGCCCUGCUAACAUAAGAACAGCCUCUCGUGCAGCUUCGGGGGUUUCCAAUCCCAGUAAUCAAGUUCUUUCAAGCAUUGCACAGUCCGAGGUGAGAAGAGAGAAGCUGAUUCCAUCUGAAAGGCAAUUUGUUUUUAAAGCACCACAAGAGGUGGUACGAAAAGUCCCAGAGCCCAUAAUCAUAGAGAAACAGGGCCAGUAUGAGAUCAGCGCGUUGCCAUCAGGAGUGUCUCGGCUUCAUUUGAUCCCUGGCUUCAUUGAUUCACAAGAAGCUGACUGGAUGUUUGAACAGCUCCUCCAGGAGGUCCCUUGGAGGCAGAGAACACACACCAGAAAAGAUCUAACUUAUGAGGAGCCCAGACUCACAGCAUGGUAUGGUGAACUUCCAUACACUUACUCUCAGCUGACUUUGCAACCAAAUCCUAAUUGGCAUCCCCUGUUGACCAUGCUGAAAGAUCGCAUUGAAGAGAUCACUAAACACACCUUCAACUCUCUGCUCUGCAAUCUGUACCGAAAUGAGAAGGACAGCGUGGACUGGCACAGUGAUGAUGAGCCUGCACUGGGAAGGAACCCUGUCAUUGCCUCACUCAGCUUUGGUGCCACCCGGAUGUUCGAGAUGAGGAAGAAUCCCUUACCUUGUUUCCUUUCAGGAGAAUGCGGACUACACUUAUGUGCAAAGAGUGUGUGUACCACUGGAUCAUGGGACCUUGUUAAUAAUGGAAGGAGCUACUCAAGAAGACUGGCAGCAUCGUGUACCCAAGGAAUAUCACUCCAGGGAAGCUCGGAUAAAUCUGACAUUUAGGACAAUGUAUCCAGACCCAGAGGCAGUAUGAACUUGAAUGAAAGCAUCUGUAGGACUGUUGACUUGCUGCUGAUUCCUGACAUUAAUGCUGGUUUGGAAGAGGCAGCCUUCAUGCAUUCAGAGUUCUGCUUCCUAACAUCUGAAGGCACAAAGAAAAAGGCUGCUGUGAUGAAAACCUAUGAUGGCUGCAAGCUCCCACUGGUGGUGUGAGUGCCUUUUUCCAAGAUGGUUAG